AUGACAAAAAACCGAGAGCUUUCACGAGAGGAGGAAGCGGAGCUAUCCAGUAGUACUAAGAAGGUCAAAGAAGGAUAUCAUGCUGAUUUCAAUGAUGGAAUUAGUGAAAGUGGGCAAUCACAGGGUGGCCAGAACGUUUGGGGGGCGGGGAAAAAAACUUUCAAGGAUAAGUUGAUGGGUGAGAUUCUAGGGGCCUAUGUUGAGGCUUUUGAUUUCUCGGAGCUAUUGGAUUUGGAUGCGGACUCAGACGACGAGAUGGAAGGCCUUCGUGAGGGUUUGGCAGCGAUCAAACUCUCGAGAGAAACCAAAAUCCGUAUCAGAAAGCCGUGGUCCAAUGCAUUGAUUAUUAAGCUUUGUGGUAGACCAAUACGUCUUAGUUUUCUUCAGAGUAAGCUUAACUUAUUGUGGAAACCAGUUGGGUCCUUGGUGUGUGUGGACCUUGGUGAAGAUUUUUUCUCAGUCAGGUUUUCUUUGAAAGAAGAUAUGGAUGCUGUGCUUAAAAACGGGCCAUGGUUUAUUGGGGGACAUUUCCUAUCCAUCAGGCCUUGGGAACCUUUUUUCAAACCAGCGAGUGCGAGUGUUUCGUCUAUUGCAGUUUGGGUUAGGUUGCAUGCUCUACCGUUGGAAUUAUAUGAGAUGGAGGUCCUCAAACAAAUCGGAGAAGCUAUAGGGAGAGUCUUGCGGAUUGAUUCGCAUACUGCCAUGGAGGCCAGAGGAAGAUAUGCUAGGUUAUGUAUUCAGUUAGAUGUUACCAAGCCGCUUAUUAAUACUGUUCUCAUUGGGAGGUUUGAGCAGCCCGUGGUCUAUGAAGGGAUACACAAGCUGUGUUUUUCCUGUGGGAGGAUCGGGCAUAGAUUGGAGGCUUGCCCGCUCACUAUUAAGAAACCAGAACCACCGGUCGAGGGUGGUCCGGUGAGUGCCGGAGAGAAUACGCAUGUUGUGCAUGACUCGUACUGCUCUGGCACAGGUAGUGGAACGAAUAAGGACAGUAUAGCUGGCAGAGAGGAGGACGGGUACGGACCUUGGAUGCUUGUGGCACGUAGGAAGGCUGGGCAGAAGAAAACAAAUAAUGCCGUUACUUCUGAGAAUCAUUCCAAGCAUGGGCUGGGCUGA